UGUCUUCUGGGCUGAACCCGGACCGCCCGUGCAAUAAUAUCAAAACAUUAGCGGUUCCGCAGGACCGAGAAAUUCAGCGAUUUCGCCUAAUUAGAUGACUCUGAGGCAGUGAAUCGCGCGUGAUGAACAUGGAGACCGAAAGCUUGGGUGGCUACGGCAAGGACAGAACGGCGGCUGACUUCGUGCAGCAGAUCAACGCGAAAAACGCCAAGCUGCUCGCGUGCAUCAUGGUCCUCGGGUUCAUCAGCUACCACGGAAUUUUGCACCUGCAGUACGGGAUCGAUUCGUGCAAGUGGUUACUCUCUGAUGGAAGCUAUAAAGGCGACACGGAGUGGCAGCCGUACGGUUGCAUGAUGCACAAGUAUACUCUGACGGACACAAGACGUUGUUUUCGGUAUCUGGCGUUUCUGGGUCGUCACAACCACUUCGUCUUCGUGGGUGACUCUCGCAUCAGGCAGCUGUACGAAACAUUCUUGAAGCAGCUGGACAGCAACUCGAAGACUUCCUCUCUUCUGCACGAAGCCAAGCUGGAGAACCGCGCGCACACGGACCUCUCCUUCGGGGAUGCCCAGCUGCGGCUGAAGGUGCAGUUCAUCUGGAGUCCCGUGGUCAACAAGCACAUGUCCGAAAGCUUCAACGACUGGAAGGAGAGUGGCCAGCCUCCAAGCGUGAUUGUGGCAGGCGGCGCCACCUGGUCCAUCAAGGAGUCAAAUGGCUCGCAAGUCGCUCUAGUCGAGUACACGAAAAAUCUCACCACAUUGGUUCAAGCCAUUGAUGUCAUGUCCAAAAGGCGUUCGAGAGUACUGUGGACCCUGCAGGAACCAGUGAACGCUGCAAAGUUGUUCCCGACCCGGUCGAUGAUAACGAAUGACCAAAUUGAUCUCUACAAUAAGGCAGCUAUUGAGAUUCUUCAGCACAGCAAGGCAGAGUUGUGGUCCAGCUCUCGGCUCGUAGCUCAAGGCAACAUGGACGAAAGUGACGACGGUCUCCAUCUUAGUCCUUUGGUCCUUAAACACGACACACAAAUCCUGCUCAACAUGUACUGCAACGACCACAUGAACUUCAACGACGGCACCUGCUGCAGCUCCGCGGAGAGCUCGACAACUCUGCAGAUCGUCACUUUCUCUGCUCUUGGAGUGUGCCUAGUCAUAGCACUCGUGAUGGGCUUUAGGAUGAAGUACCAAAGAUGGAGGAGGAGUCACGAGUACUCCAGGGUGCAAACCGACGAAAAUGAACCUGUGGAGAGCAAGGACGACUUCACUGAAAUUAUGACUGCGCUGGGAAAGCUAGCGAUUAUCAUGGGCUACUUUUACUUAUGUGACAGGACUAGCUUUUUUAUGAAGGAAAACAAGUAUUUCACCCAAGUGAGUUUCUGGCUGCCUGUCGGCUACGUUUUUGCCCUCGGUCUGUUCUUCACCGAAGACUCGCGAUACACCAAAGUGCUCCACAGGGACCAAACUGACGAGUGGAAAGGCUGGAUGCAGUUAGUGAUCCUGGUGUACCACAUGACCGGCGCCAGUGGCAUUUUGCCAAUUUACAUGCACGUCAGAGUGAUGGUCUCGUCCUACCUGUUCCUCUCGGGAUACGGCCACUUCAGCUACUUCUGGCACAGAGGCGACGCUAGUUUGGUCAGAUUCCUUCAGGUCCUGUUCCGGCUAAACUUCUUGACAGUUGUCCUAUGCUUGAUAAUGAACCGGCCAUACCAGUUCUACUACUUUGUGCCACUCAUCUCUUUCUGGUUCCUCAUGCUGUACGUGGUAUUGGCCCUUCCACCACACAUUACGUCCACCUCAGCUGAUCACAAUCCACUUCACUAUUUUUAUUUGGUGAUUAAACUGGUCGGCUUGUUUAGCGUGAUAACCAUCCUCUACAUGUCUGAGGUAUUUUUCGAGAAAGUAUUCGUCACUCGCCCCUGGAAAGCUCUCUUUGUCACCACUGAUGAUGAUAUUCACGAAUGGUGGUUUCGCUGGAAGCUUGAUAGAUAUAGCAUGUCUUUUGGCUGUGUGUUUGCUUUCGCGUUUCUUCUGGCGCAGCGACUCAACCUAUUUGACGACAACAAUCACAGCAACCUCUUCUCUCCUGGCAUCGCCUUGUCCGCCACUCUGGCCUCUCUAAUUGGCAUCGGAGGGUACACCACAUUUUCGUUCCUCUGCCGAAACAAGCAGGAAUGCAACGAGAUCCACUCUUAUACAGUAUUUGUUCCAAUCGUCAGUUACAUCGUUUUGAGAAAUGUGUCUGGCGUGCUGCGGACGCGCUACUCGACCUUCUUCGCGUGGUUCGGUCGCAUCGCCCUGGAGCUUUUCGUGUGCCAGUCGCACGUGUGGCUGGCCGCGGACACGCACGGCGUGCUGGUCCUGCUGCCAGGCUACCCUGUGCUCAACUCGCUUAUCACCAGCUUUGUGUUUGUUUGCGCGUCGCACGAACUGCACAGCCUGACUAAGGCCCUGACGCCGUACGCCGUGCCCAACGACUGGAAGCUGGCGCUGCGCAACGUGGUGCUCUUCCUCAUGGUCCUCGUGCCCAUCGGAGUUAGGGACGGCAUGUUUUAAUACGGUCAGCCCAUUUAUUUGUUUGUUUCUUGUUGUUGAAGUGUACAGUUCAUUCAAGGCUUUUCGAUCAGAUGGGUGAUUUUAAAAUAUUUCGAAAUGGAAGGACCACUACUUGGACUUCUUGAAAAGGCACAAACUCUUUGUAAGGUAUAAAAUAUUGAUAUUUUCAUUUGCUUCACUGAGUAAUACGCAUUUAUUUGGCUUCAUGAUGUUAAUGAUUGCUGAUAUUUGCUUGUCAAUUAUCAAAAUCAGAUUUAACUGCACCGCAGGACUUCACGAAAAAUGUUUAACCUGUUAAAUUUAAGUGUUUCAAAAUUAUUUAUGGUUCGGCUAUGUUGAAAUUUUUCUAUUUUUCCAAUUAAUGUUAUUAAUUUUUUAAGGCAAAAUCUCAGAUACAUCUGAGGUUGAAAGCUCUUGUCUAAAAAUGACAAAUUAAUUUGAAAAUCAGUUGAAAAUCGCUUCAAAUUUAAUUUAAGUUGAAAGAAAUGUAUUUUAAGGUUCCAACAAAUUCUAGAAAGCAAGCAAUGGGGGAACUGGAACCUUGUGUAAAGUAUUUUAUUUGAUUAAUUUGGUCCGUAUUGAACUGGUCGAUUUAGUAUAGUUAACAAAUUUUAAUUUUCAGCCCUGGUUUUUCAUUCAGAACAAAGUGGUGUCAAUUUGCCACAAACGAGUUAUCAAUAGACUUGAUUCAAUUAUCUUCUCGUAAUCGUAUGAAGUGUGAUGUUCGUGGCAAAACAUUUCGUCUGAGAGCGGUGAUUGUAGAAUGUUCAAAUUUUAAAAAAGGUUUCCGCUCUCUGUCUCUGUCGCAUCAACUGAUUUAAGGCUUGUUUCAGUUGUCUAGUCCUCGCUGCUUAUUUUUAUACUCCAGGCCCAUGAAAUGUUUUUCUUCCCAACACAGGGAGAUGUAAAUAUACAAAUACGAUUAUCGCCGAAGAGUGCACAAUUCUGUGAAACCAACGCAUAAGUUGCCUUUGCUCAUUAAUAAGUUACAAUUAGUCUUAAUAAGAGCGUGAAAGACUGAUUGUGUGUGAAUAUCUCUUAAGUUUAUUAAACACUGAAUCAAAGACGAA